AAAAAAAAAAAAAAAAAAAAAAAAAUUAACCUCCGAGAAUAAAAUAUAGGUUAAUAAAAUACACAUAAUUUUUGUUGUAUUGAUAUGUAUACAAGGAUGUCUUGUAUGUAUGUAUAUUAUUUGUGAAAGUCCACUUAGUAAAAAUAUAUCUGGGUCACAACUUUUACCGGAACUUAUAAAAAGGAACAGAGGACACUUGAUUGAAAAAGAGAAAGGGGUGUGGCAGCACGCUGGAAGAGACGCCGAGCGACGGUCCGUGGAGCUUGCAAGAUUAGCCCGGAGAGAACUGACUGCUGGACUAAAAGCGUGGCCAGAGCAAUUCACAAAGGGGUCAAAAGUCUUCUGGAGGCAAGGUAGAGCCACACGGAGCGUUGACCGGACCCGAGGCGCUCGCGAUCCAGGCCUGACGAAGGGAACCGCCCGGGCACACAAACGCCGACCCGGUGAGACCCUUCCAUUUUUUUUCCCUUUCUUUCUUGUAUUUUUGGUGCACGAAGACGGAUUAAUAUUUUUGGGCCCCAACGCUGUUUUUUUUUGCGCAAACGGAACUUUAUUUUUUUUGGAUUGCCUAAUUAUGGACUUUUUUGAUGGACUAUUAUUAUUGAUGAACUAUUUCUUUUUCUUUUGAUUUAUAGGCUGGGUUAUGGACUUAGAUUUGACUGUUUCGUUGUUUAAUUGUAAAAAAUUAAAGAGUGACGGGUAAAAUACUAUGAUUUCAGGAAAACAAUUGAUUAUUAAAUGUAGCGGGCAGCUUGUAGCCGCUUCAGUGCGCUGAUGUGUCCCCUCUUUCUUUACAUUGAUGAAAUCGUUUCUCUAGCCUUGUUUGAUGGUCAUGCUUAUUACCAAAUUCGUAUAAAAAGAAGUAAAAGGACUCACUUGAGCGUGUACAUUUCCCGUUUAUUCGAGGAUUUUGUUACAAGUGUGGCAUAUGUUGUUUGUGUAUAGGGCAUAACUACAUUUACUUCCUCUUAGCUGUGAAUCAAAUAACCUUUGCACACCAGUGAAGGUCUGCCCCUGUCGCGUUUUACUGCUGAGGAAACAUGAAUGCUUACAAUUUUCUUUUUACCUUGUUUGUAUCGCUUGGAAAUCCAGUUUUUUCAGAUGAAGAUUUUUACCAAGUCAAAGCAUGUUGUUCAUUCAAUGGUCCAAACUUCGACAAGAUUGAAUACAUACUUACAGCCAGUUUUAACAAGCAAAAGAUGUUGGAGUACAACAGUACAAGAGGAAACUGGAUUGGAUUCACAGAUUAUUCAAUUGUGGCUUCAACGUUCUGGAACAAAGACCCUUUGGACCGCCUUGAAAGAGCAAUGGAAAUUAAACUAAUGUGUUUCGAUAACCGAGCAUUCAUACAAACCAUCAGAAACCUGUCAACAACGCCCACCAUGAGGAUAAAAUCAGUGAAACAGCCCGAUGGUCGACAUCAAGCCGUGCUUGUGUGCAGUGCCUAUAACUUUUACCCAAAGCAAAUCCAAAUAACCUGGCUGCGAAAUGACCAAGAAGUGACCGAAGGGGUCAGUAACACCGAUGUCAUCCCAGAUGGAGAAUUGUACUACCAGUUUCAUUCUUACCUUGAGUACACACCAACUUCAGGAGAAAGAAUCAGCUGCAUGGUUGAACACGUCACCCUGUGGGAGCCAAGAAUCAUUGUUUGGAACAACUCCCUUCCUGAAGGAGAAAAAACUAAGAUUGUUGUUGGACUGUGCGGACUGAUAAUUGGUUUGGUUAUCUUUAUCUCUGGAUUUAUUUACCACAAGAAAAAGUAUGCUAUAUAUUACUCUGUCCACCAAGGUGAGGAAAUGUAAAAAUGUCAGAAAAUAUAAACUUCAUAAAAACCUAAAAUGGUACGGUACUUCUUCCUUUAACAGAAUGAGUUCUGGUUCCUGUGGAGGUCAUUCCUGGAUUGCCUGUUAGUAGAACUAACAAAAACAAAUUAAAAACACCCUCAGGUCCUCCAAGAUGCUCUACUUGUAGAACCUGAGAAUGUAUCUAAGCCUUUGUAGUUCAAUUUUAAUUCUAGGGAAUAGUGUGCAAUUUUUUCAUUUCUUAUAGUCACUGGCAGACAUUUAUCAUUUGUGUGGUGCUUUUUUGACUUUUUUAUAGCUGGACAUGAUUAAGAUAUAUUUUGUUUUUUGUUUUUUUUCUGGAUGACUUAUUGAACGGCACUGUAGCACAAUUUGCACCACUAUUGCCUUGCAGGAAAAAGGUGCUUGGUUCAAUUCCUGCAUGAAGUUUACUGGUUCUCACUUUCAUGCUCCAGCUUUCUCUUUCACUCCAAAAACUGUGGAAGAUUAUUUGCUCUCUAAAUUGUCCAUAGGUAUGACAAUUCACCCAGCAACCAAUGGUCAUAGUCACCCCAUAGCUGGAGACCUACAUGGAUAAAAUGGAUGGAUGGAAACAUCUAGUAUAGUAAUCAGUACAUCACCACUGUUACAAAAGCUGUGCUUCUAAAAACUGCUUUCAAGUCCACAAUGUAAAAAAUGUGAAGAAAUUGUUCACUUGUUUAUUCUCAUAAUAAAUUAUUGUGAAGAAAAGACUGUAUGGCCAAUGAUCUAAACAACACUGUGAUGCUUUGAUGAUCUGAGAUAUUGAGACAAGCAUGACUCAGAAAACAAAAUUCCAGACAAAUCUAUUUUAAACAAAUCAUUAAAUAUGAUCUACAAAUCAGGUAUGACUAAAAUACAUACAGUGGCUUAAAUAAAGUAUAGUACACUAUAGUCAAGAAAAACUUUGUAUA